CGAGCCCCAACUUGAUAGAAUAGGUGUCCACGUCAUACCACAAGACAUCUUUUCAUCAUCUAUAUAAGGAACAUCAGAAGUUCAUACUUCCGUCCAUAACCAAUUAUACACUCUCAAAAGCCUCCUAACUUAAUUUCUGCAUCGACCCUCAUCUUCAUCCCCGUUCUAUGAGGAGAAAAAGAAUGCCUAUUAACCUAGAUCAAAUUCCAAGUUUUGAAGAGCAUGGUAAUGGGUUUGAUCAACAUUCUGUGUUGGUUGAGGAGAUUGAAGGCCUCAUUAGAGUUUACGGAAAUGGUUAUGUGGAAAGACCCCAGAUAGUUCCCAGUGUCUCUAAUGCAUUGCCACCAGAGCUUGGUGUUACUUCUUGGGAUGUAGUUGUGGAUAAGCUGAACAACAUUUGGGCUCGUUUCUACAUUCCAACACAAUGCCAGGAGAAGCUGCCUUUGCUUGUAUAUUUCCAUGGAGGUGGGUUUUGUGUCGGCUCGGCUACUUGGAGUUGCUACCAUGAGUUCCUGGCCAAGCUAUCUGCAAAAGCUGACUGUAUAAUUAUGUCUGUGAAUUAUCGUUUGGCUCCAGAAAACCCUCUUCCUGCUCCUUAUGAAGACGGAUUAAAGACCCUUCAAUGGUUGAAACAAGUUGCCUUUAAUGGGGCCAAGCAGAAUUGGUGGUCAAGAUACUGCGACUUUACCAAAAUCUACCUUGGAGGUGAUAGUGCCGGUGGCAACAUAGCCUUCAAUGUAGCAGCCAGACUUGGUGGCAAGACGACUGCUUCUGGAGCUGUGGUCAUGAAACCGUUAGUUAUUAAAGGUAACAUUUUGAUACAGCCGUUCUUCGGUGGAGAGUCAAGGACCAUGUCAGAAAAGUUUCUUGUCCAACCUCCUCAUUCGCCACUGACGACGGCAGUUUCUGAUACGUACUGGCGGUUGGCAUUGCCGUCCAGGGCGAACCGUGACCAUCCAUGGUGCAACCCUUCGGCAAAUGGGGUGUUUGAGGUUGAGGAUUUGAGGGUUUUGCCUAGUUUGAUAUGUAUAUCAGAAAUGGACAUAUUGAAAGAUAGGAACUUGGAGUUUUGCUCUGCUUUACAUAGAGUGGGUAAGCUGAUCAAUUAUGUGGUCUAUGAAGGAGUUGGCCAUGCGUUUCAGGUUCUGAACAAGUCACAACUCUCUCAAACUCGGACCCUUGAAAUGAUGGAUCAUAUCAAGGAUUUCUUAAGUGUAUAGCUUCAGUUGAAUUUGUACAAAAGGAAGACUUUUUUCAGAUUUUGUUUUCUCCUCAAAGAAAAGAGAGCGAGCAUUCUCAUCAGAUUUAUCACUACCCACUUAAUAUAUACUUAUAUACCUCAAAGGAGAUUACUGUACACGAUUUGGAAUGUCCUAUGUGAAUAUAGAUUAUCUCUUCCCUGACUCACACCCUUGGAAAUUUUUCAAAGAUGUUCAAGGAUGUUCAAAGAUGGAAGUGAAAGGGAAACACUCAAGUUAGCUCUUACGAUAAAGACAAUAUUUUAGAGAAGUUUCGAACAGUUAGCCCACUUCUACUCUUCUUGUCAUAGUAACCGCCACCUCAAUCUUAUUAAGUGAGACUCUACUCUCAAGAAUCGGUCUGAUUGGU